AUGGAUAAAUUAAAGAAAGAAGUUUACAAUGAGGAUAAUCCAGUUGCCAAGAUGGAGGCCAAGGCUUCUGUUAGAUUUAUUAGGGAUGAGGGCAAUAAAGUGAUAUAUGAAGGCGUAUACCCUGUUGAGCCAUUUAGAGAAGAUGCUAGAGGCACGUAUGGAGGAGAUUUCAUAACCCAGGGUUUAAACGCAUGUUGGGAAUCAGUAGGAAGAGGCACUUUUCAACCACACUCAUUGCAUUCAUAUUUUGUCAAGCCAGGAUCAGUUGAAAGUAAUUUGAGAUGGGAAAUUUUGAAAAUUAGUGAUAGCAGGAAUUUUUCCAACAGAUUGGCAUUGGCUUAUCAAAUACAUACAAAUCAAUUGGUCUUCACAUUGCAAGCGUCAUUCACAAAGGAAAACGAUUUGAAUAAAAAGGAAGAAGAUUAUCUCAAAUUAUUAUCAUCAGGUGGUGAAAUUAAGGCAAUUCCCUUCCACUUUAAAAGAAGUCCCAAUAAAAGGUUUUUUAAAUAUAAAGAUCAGAUCGAUGACCUUAUGUACUUUGAGCACACCAAUAACAAUAUAGCCCAUGCUGUGCCAUUGGAAAUAUUUCAGUAUACCAAGAACUUCAAUAUGAAAGAUGCGGGAAACGAGGAGCUUGCCCUUUUUGUCAAAGUACUAGAUGACUACAGUUUGGGUAAAGAUCAAACAAGACAGAGUUUUCUUGGCUUGGCUUUUGAAUCGGAUGCCUUGUGGUUAGCAACACUUGUGAAGGCUAUUGGUUUACCCUUGGGAGCAGACGACAAGGAUUUUUUCCGAGUAAGCUUAGACCAUUCUUUAUAUUUCCAUGACUUGAAUUUCGAUUCAAGUAAAUGGUUAUAUUUGGAUUAUAGAUUUUUAAGCAUGGGGAACAAUAGGAUUUUAGCAGUGGUCAAUUUUUAUACGUUAGAAGGUAAGGCAAUUGCUACUGCCGUCCAAGAAGCUUAUGGGUUUUUACCAAAGCAGAUGAUUGAACGGUCUCGUAAGUUGCAUGAAAAGUAUAAUUCUGCAAGAAAUGAAGUAACUGAAAGUGCUAAAUUGUAA